AUGUCUCCCAUCGCGCAUAGUGCCGUCAAGUUCACGCAGAGAAUAAGAGAUACGGUCCUUCGACACAAAACGCUCAACUUGAUUCACCAAGCUACCAAACAGCCGGAUCUAGCUCAUUUCACCGUAGCUACGCUGAAGAACCCUACCCAUACAAGUCACACAGACUCUAGGCAGCACGCCACAGUCUUGUUGGCUACUGAGGAACAGGUCAAGAGCAACAAAUCUCAAACCGUGCAUAUCUAUCACGAUGACAAUGGCAAUUACGCAGGCCAUCGCAUCUAUGUUGAGAGGCAGAACAAGACGAGCGACGAAUGA